AUGCCUUGUGGAAGAUGCGUCAAGAACAAGAGAGCGCCCCAAUGCAUCUAUGCCGAUGCCGACUCGUCGCCUGCUGUUGAACCGCCAACGUCCGAGAAGGAGCAAGACCCGCUCAGUGUCAUUGCCACGAGCUUCAUCAAUUCACAAUGGAAUCCUCUUGUCCAAAAUGGAUCACAUUGGCACUCCUUGCUGCAACAAAUGGAAAACUAUCUCCCCCAAUGGCCGUCGCAACGAACCGGUCCCAGCCUACAACAGGAGAAGCCUGUCUCACGAAUGGUCCCAACCAUCAAUUACCCCUUCAACGGUGACACGGUGGGGAGGGGUGCCAUCGUGCGGGUGCUUGCCCAGCUACCCCCGCGACCAGUCCAGGAACUCUUUGUCUCUUAUUAUCUCAAUUCCGUGGAAAAGACGUACCACCUCCUCCAUCUUGAAGAGUUCGACAGAGAGUUGCAGGAAUUCUGGGAGGAUCCAGCGGCAAAAGCGGAGGAUUGGUUGGCUCAGUAUUUCGUCAUACUCGGUCUUGGUUGCCAGGCCAUGAACUAUUGCUCCGAGGAGAGUGGCAAUGAGGCACAUCGCAGCAUGCCAACCGGCUUUCUGCGAAGCGCCGAGCUUUGUCUCAAGAGAACUCCGUAUAUGCUCAUGACAAGCUUGGCCAACGUCAGAACACUCAUCAUGAUUGUCAUGUCGAAGCAGAUGUAUGCCAUGUCUUAUCACGAGGCAGAUACAUGCUGGCCACUCACGGGCCUCAUUGUCCGGCUUUCCAUCCGAAUGGGCUUGCACAGAGCUGCGUGGAAGCCAUAUACGCAGCGAUCACACGAGGAGAAAGUCAAGUCCCAAGUCUGGGCCGUUGUCCUCGUCCUCGAGAUGCGUCAAUCCUUGGUGUGUGGCAUGCCGCUUCUGCUGAGAGCAGCUGACAUCAGUUCGGUCGAGUCCAACACCAGCCAGACUCCGAGCACGGGCAACACGACGCUAGGAGACUCGAGAAUUGAUUAUGGUAGCUUUGGGAACAAGGACCCGAUCAUUCUGACCCGAUUACUCGCCGUUUCCGACGACGACCUUUUGUUCCGAGCCAUAGAGCUCGCCACUUCUCCCAUGGGCGGCACACCAUACAGCGACGUCGCCGCAGUCGACACGUCGUUGCGCGAUAAACUUUACCAGUCCGGCAUCGGCCUCGCCAACAGUCAUUUGGAAGCUGAUAAACCCGCCAAAGACAUUGACCUCGAAGUAUGCAUGGUGCAGAUCUUCUUCCGACAAGUUUUCAUGGCCCUCCACGCCAGGUUUUCCUUGCAACCGAACGCGUCGACGGAACACCCCGUUUCAUACGUUUCAUCUCUCGAGAGCGCUUUGGCCAUCUUGGCCUACCAACGAGGCUUGUGCGAAGGCGAGAAAUGGGCCGAGCUGAGCGCAUGGUUUGCCGGAUUCUUUAGACACGAGUUUUUCAUGGCCGCCAUGACAGUGUGUUCCCUGUUGAUCAGGGACUUGGAAAGCACAGCUGUUUCUUCUCACACGGGUUUCUGUGAGACACAGCCUAGAAAAAUCAUGCUCGACGCCUUGCAGUCAUGUAGGGAUAUGUGGAAGAAGGAAAAAACGUGGUCUGUUUGCAACGCGAAUGCUUUUGCGUUGGUGGACAACCUGGUGUGCGUACUGCGUCACGCACAUGAGCAGGGUUGCAGCAUCCCUUUAUGA